GUGUUAUAAAACAGCACCGCCGCCAAUGGGAGGACAACUUUGAGCAGCCAACAUCCCUGGCUGUCCGAGAACCCAAGCUCCAGCUGGGACCGCAAACUGCAAGAUCCUCUUCCCUCCUCUUUAACCUCCCGUUGCUCCUCCGGACUCCGGUCCGGUCGUGUUAUCCCGCUGCGCAGUCAUGGCACCUGUCCUACGAGUGCUGUCCGCUGCCAUGUUCGCCUCGGCUCUGCUGCUGGCUGCGGUGUCGGCCGACCUGAACGAGACCAUCUAUGCAGUGACUGUUAGCUCCCGUGUGACUGGAGGGAAACAGGAGACCCUGUGUGCUCAUGUCCAAAACCCCACAGAAACCAUUUUUCUGACCAUCACCCUUACUGUGGACUCGUCUGAGAAUAUCAUCCUAGAGGCGACAGUCUCCGAGGAAUUCUACCAGUGCAUUAACUUCCAGGUGCCAGCAGUGAUGACCAGAACUGUAGCAGUCAUUCAGGUAACACUGGCAGGUGAAGAAGGCGCCUCCCUGAGCAAGAAGACCAAAGUCCUCAUUGAGCCGCCUGGUUUUAUCCACAUUGUGCAGACUGACAGGCCCAUCUACAAACCUGGACAAACCGUCAAAUUCCGCAUCGUCUCCUUGGAUGCUAACUUCAUCCCUGUCAAUCGAGUGUACAAAGAGGUGGUGCUCCAGGAUCCCAAUUCAAAUCGCAUUGCCCAGUGGCUGAAUCAGACCAUUGGCGACGGCAUCCUCGAUCUGUCACACCUGUCUGUUCCCGAGGCGGCCCAGGGAACUUACACGAUCAGUGUUAAGACAGACAUAGGAGAAGAGAUCAGCCACACCUUUGACAUCAAGGAGUACGUUUUGCCCAAGUUUGAAGUAAUAGUGGACCUGCCCAGCGUGAUAACCAUCCUAGAUACAAGCACAACUUUUAAGAUCUGUGGCAAAUACACUUAUGGGAAACCGGUUAUUGGCACAGUGAAGGCUGAGUUUUGUCGGAAAUCCUUUGUGUUUUUCUGGCGUACCGAAAAGCCAAAUAACGACAUCUGCAAGAGCUAUGAUUUGACUUUGGACAAAACUGGAUGUGCCACAGAGACUGUGAGCUUGGCAGAGUUUGGUCUGAACAACUAUUCAUACUCGGACAGCUUUGAGCUAACUGCUGAGUUGGAGGAGUUUGGAACAGGGGUGGUUCUUAAAGGCUCCGGGACAGCUAGCCUAAGCUUUCAGCUCAGGACUAUCACCUUUGAGGAUGUACCUGCAGCAUACAAGCCUGGCAUACCAUUCGAAGGAAAGAUCAAAGUGGUUGGCCCCGACAGCCAGCCUGUUGCUAACGAGCUGCUUUACCUGUUUGUCGACAACUCCAAGGAGACAACGCUCACAACAGACUUGAAAGGCAUUUGUCAGUUUUCUCUGAACACAAAUCAAUGGACGGGCUCUGUCUCUCUUAAGGUUCUCACCAAUGAUACGCAAGAAAACGAACCUCGUUUUCCCACUUUACGACAACCAGAUUAUGGAUCAGCCUACCUGUACGUCUCACCAGCUUAUUCCAAGAGCAAUAGUUUCCUGAAACUCAAGCAGAUCAGCGAGGGCCUCCCCUGUGACAGAGACGUAACUGUGAAAGCUCAGUACAUCAUUCAGGGGAAGGAACUGAAGGAGGGCCAGACGGUCCUUAACUUCUUCUACCUGGUUCUCUCCAAAGGUGCAAUUGUGCGUCAUGAUCUUGUCCCGGUGGAUGUCACAGCAGGAACUGUCAACAAAGGGGAGCUGACAGUCACACUGAGUCAGGUGAUGGACCUCGCACCGGUUGCCCAGGUGAUUGUUUACUCCGUGAUGCCCAAUGGGGAGAUGGUCGCAGACAGCCAGGACUUCCCCGUUCAGCUCUGCCUCAACAAUAAGGUGUCCCUGAAGUUCUCCUGUGUUCAGAAGCUUCCAGCGGAGGAGGUCACACUGACACUGAAGGCCAACCCCAAAUCACUGUGCUCUGUCAGAGCCAUCGACCAGAGUGUCCUUCUGCUGAAACCAGAACAGGAGCUCACCGUUGACUAUGUGUUCAACCAGCUGCCUGUACAGAAGCUGUCGGGGUAUGAUUACGAGGUGGAGGACUUUGAGCCGCAUCGUUGCUUCCCCGGGCCAAUCCCCAGGCCAAUCCCUAUGCUUCCGCUUGAGCCUGUGCCUGAACCGGAUCCUGAACCUGAAGUCACCCCGACACCUCCCAUCGAUGUUGAUGUCGGCCUUCGAUCAAAGCGCUCGCUUUUCCUUCCAUUCGAUCAGAUGACAGAUGUUUACAGCAUUUUUAAAGACAUUGGAGUCAAAAUUGUGACAAACUCAGAUGUGAAAAAGCCUUACGACUGCUUCCUGUUUAAGUUUAAUGCAAUGCCAGAGGCUCUUCCCAUGGUAGAUGAAGUGGAUUUGGCAGCCGCUCCAGUGUCCGCUCCAGCUGGAAUGCCUAAAGAGACAAUUAGAAAAAACUUCAUUGAGACCUGGAUCUGGGAUCUAGUCUCUGUUGGAGACGGUGGCUCAGCGAGGAUGGAGAAGACGGUCCCUGACACCAUCACCAAGUGGGCCACCAGCGCGUUCUGCGUGUCCCCCACUGGCUUCGGCGUGUCACCCAACACCGGGCUCACCGUCUUCCAGCCGUUCUUCGUCAGCCUCACCCUGCCUUAUUCCGUCAUCAGAGGGGAAGUGUUCACACUGAAGGCCACCGUCUUCAAUUACCUCACCCGCUGCAUUAUGGUCAAAGUAACUCUGGCUGCCUCUGACCAGUACACCUUCAGGGACUGUGAAGGCUGCCAGUACAGCACCUGUCUGUGUGGAGAGGAGACCAAGACCUUCUCCUGGAUUGUGACUCCGUCUGCUUUAGGCGACGUGAGCCUGAAGGUCAGCGCCGAGGCCCUGAGCACCCGCGCUCUGUGCGGCAACGAGGUGGCCACGGUGCCGGACGUGGGCCGGAUCGACACGGUGAUCCAAACGCUGCUGGUGGAGGCUGAAGGAACCCCUCAGAUGGAGAGCCACAACGCUCUGCUGUGUCCUGCAAGUUGUCCAGUGGAGAAGAAGGUCUCCCUCCUGCUGCCUGCAGCGUUUGUGGCCGGAUCAGCCAGAGCGUCCGUCUCUGUCCUGGGUGACCUGAUGGGCCGGUCCCUGCAGAAUCUGGACAAGCUGCUGGCCAUGCCGUACGGCUGUGGGGAGCAAAACAUGUUGCUGUUCGCACCAAACAUCUUCAUCCUGGACUACCUGAAAAGCUCUGGUCAGCUGACUGAGGCCAUCCUGGCCAAGGCCAAGCGCUUCCUGGAGAGCGGGUAUCAGAGGGAGCUCAACUACAAGCAUGACGACGGCUCCUACAGCGCCUUCGGGAACAGCGACCCCUCUGGCAACACCUGGCUCACUGCGUUUGUGAUGAAGUCCUUCAGCGGAGCCAGAAUUUACAUCUAUGUGGACCCGCAGCACAUUAAGGACGCCAGGACCUGGCUGUCCGGACUGCAGAAGAGCGACGGCUGUUUUACCUCUGUUGGCAAGCUCUUCCACAACAGCAUGAAGGGGGGGGUGAGCGACGACGUGUCGCUGACGGCUUACAUCGUUGCUGCUAUGCUGGAGUCGGAUGGAGUGACCUCGGACCCCGUGGUGCAGAGGGCCCUGGGUUGUCUGAAAGAUGCUCUGGCCAGAGACUUCGACAACCUGUAUACCAAAGCCUUGAUGUUGUACACCUUCAGUCUGGCUGGAGAUCAGGAGACAAGGAGCAAAAUAAUGACCGUUCUGGACCAGAAGGCAGAGAAGAACGGAGGCACCAUUCACUGGGCGAGAGCGGGUUCUUCUGACAGUGGUCUGGAUUCCGUAGAAGUGGAGAUGACCUCCUACGUGCUGCUGGCCCUGCUCGUCUCUCCUCCCCUAGAGGGCUUCAGCUUGGAUUACACUUCAGGCAUUGUCCGCUGGCUCGCUCAAAAGCAGAACCCAUACGGCGGCUUCUCCUCUACACAGGACACAGUGGUGGCCCUCCAGGCCUUGGCCAAGUAUGCCGACGCCACCUACAGCCCACAGGGAACAACUACGGUCACAGUGACGUCUCUGGGAGGCCUGAAGAAGGAGUUCACGGUGACGCAGAGCAACAGGCUGCUGUACCAGGAAGAGAGGCUGAGCGAGGUCCCUGGAGAGUACACCAUCAGAGCCGAGGGGCAGAGCUGCGUUCUGGCUCAGAUUUCCAUGCACUACAACAUCCCCCCUCCUGAUGACUUCUCCGCCUUCAACCUCGCUAAGAGCAUCGAAGCCAAUUGCCAACCCAGCCGGCCACGUCUCCAGCUCGCGGUUCACGUCAGGUACGUGGGCAGGAGAGCGGAGACCAACAUGGCCAUCAUCAACAUUAAACUGCUGUCUGGAUACGUCCUGGAUCAGAGCUCCCUGCAGCAGCUGCAGGACGACCGCUCAUUGAAGCGUGUGGAAGUAGAUGACGGCUAUAUCAACAUCUACGUGGAUGGGCUGAAAAAGGAUGAGCUACAGACCUACAGGGUGACUCUGGAGGAGGACCAGCGGGUCAGGAACCUCAAACCAGCUGUGAUUAAAGUCUACGACUACUACCAGCCGAUUGACCAGGCUGCCACGGACUACACAUCCCCCUGUGCAGAGAGUGACAAUGACAACAAGGUGUAACUACAGCCCAGGACAGCUGAAGGAACUACUGUGUGACGUCUAGCCCUCCAUGAUGAUGAUUGUUUUGAAACUAAGCUGUCGGGUUUUACUUUGGGUAGCCUUAGGUACUUUUUUUUUUUUUUUUUACUUUUAGCUCUCUUGCUGGGUUUUAUUCUUUUUUAUUUACAGUCACAUUCCAAGAUAAUUUUUAUCCGUGGCAGUGACUUCAGGAAGAAUCAGCAAUGAUCAGAAUAGUUUGUGCCGUGUCUCUGUUCAACACUGGAAAAUCGCACUAUAACCCACUGGAAACAACAGAGGAUUGUUUACUGAUGAUUUUUUUUUAAUAGAUCUGACAGAAAUCCACAUUAUUCAUACAUGAAAGUGACACGUGAGACAUACAGGCUAGCAACAACACAGCAUGGUCAUAGUACUGAUAGUGUCUGCCAGGAUCUGCUCUGUAGGGAGAAAAUGAGAAUCCAGACUGAAUGGUGCUGGGGGAUUUCCUGGGUGUGUAUACGUACCUGCACAGGUGUUCUGUUGUACCAGUAAAAAGAUAUAUUCAUACAUGACUACUGUACAAUUUCAUAUGCAAGUUGCAAUAAAAGUUCUAAAAUGACA